AUGGAGAUCCAGAGGAAGAUGCAGAUUUUCAACAUUAAGACCCUCAGUAAAGAAGAAGGAUGGCGGUCACAGACAGGAUUGGAGGCCGUGCAAGUACCAAGAGAUGGCGGCGAUCACCACAAGAUACUUCCACAAAAAGAAUCGGCUUGGAUCCUGAGAACCAAUGCUCUGGGUCCACCAGGAUUGAACGAUAAGAAUGACAUGAGUUUCUAUCAUGAACAGGGAUUUGAUCCCAGACAACAACUGGAGGAUUAUUUUUCUGGUAAAGAAGAAAUGGCAUUUUCAUUUGAUGCCUUGAAAUUUCCCAUUGAGAAUCUUAUAAAAACCUUUACAGAGGGUCAUAUUAAAGGAGAUGUUAUGAUUGACUUCUGCACUGGUCCUCUGGUCCAUCAUCUGUAUGCUGCUAGUAAUUUUUUUAAACACAUCAUAGUCCUAAAGUUUACUGACAGAUGCAUCAUGGAGCUGAAGAGAUGGCUGGACUCGCGUACUGGAGCAUUCGAUUGGGAACAUGCUGCAAAACUGCAUGUAGAGUUAGGAGGAAGCAGUGAAAACUUUCAGGAUAAAGAUCUAAAAGUGAGAUCGGCCAUUCAACAUGUUAUGAAAUGCAACUUUGAGAAAGAAAAUGUGACGGAUCCGAUAGUCUUACCGCCAGCAGAUUGUAUCAUCACUGCUUGGCUCCUGGGCAUUAUCAGCAAAGAUCACGAUGACUACAGGAGAUAUCUCAGGAAGCUCUCAGGAUUACUGAAACCUGGAGGACAUCUCAUAAUAUGUGGCUGUUUAGGUACAACAUAUUAUCUAGUUGGGAAAGACAAGUUCCGCGCUUUCCCAUAUGAUGAGGAUUUUAUUAGGAAAGCUCUAGCUGGAGAAGGAUUUGUUAUUGAUAAGUGUGUGAUUAACGAAAGGAAGGCUGUGAGUGACCUGACGGACUAUAAGUCCCUGAUAUUUAUUGCCGCUCACAAGGAGAAAUAGUUCUAAAUAGAAAUUUACAGGUUGUGGCAAUGUUCACACAGCCACUUAUA